AUGUCUGCCGCUCCUACUCUAGCUUUCCUCAAAGUCGACGCGCGACGCCCCUUGGACGACGCCGCGCAAUCGCUCGACGACGCGUCGUCGAAAGGAUUCGUCAAACUCGACGCGACGUUGUCGCCCAAGUUUGCGGCGUCUACGACGGCGUAUGACGUCUUGAUCGCGCCUCGAGCGACGCACGUGAACGUGAUGGCGACGUCGUUCGCACCCGGGUGCACGAUCGCGAUCGACGGCGUGAUCGGGAACAUGGCGAAUCGACCGGCGAACGCGACGAUCGAGGUGACCGUGACGGCGAGCGGCGGGGAAAAGACGACGUACUCUUUGACGACGAAGGCGACGGAAGCGAUGUCAAACGAUGGCGAGGUGGUGCUAAAGGAAAAACCUAAAGUGGAUGACGAAGAGGAACACACGCACGGGCACUCGCACGAUGGAGUACCCUGCGACGGCACGCACCACUCGCACGGACACGGGCACUCGCACGCGGAGGGCGAAAAGUGCGAGCACGACCACGGCGGUGAGGAGUGCCACGGACACGGGCACGGCGAGAAGAAGCACGAUCACGGGCACGGGCACGGGCACGGCGAGAAGAAGCACGAUCACGGGCACUCGCACGCCGACGGUGAAAAGUGCUGCUCCGACGAAAAGUGCGAAGCCCACGACCACGGGCACGGGCACGGUGAAAAGAAGCACGACCACGGACACGGGCACGGUGAAAAGAAGCACGACCACGGACACGGACACGGUGAAAAGAAGCACGACCACGGACACGGACACGGACACGGACACUGA